AUGCUGCCGAAGAAUACUUCGAUAAAUAUCAUAUUAUUGCUUUUGAUACAAUUAUUAAUUGAAGUAAAUUGCCAAAAGUUUAAGCCAGCACAACGAUAUCUUCAUACAGCUACAUUUAUUGAUAACAAGUUAUACAUCUUGGGUGGUCGAAAUGAUGAUGGUGAUGAACUUGUUGGAAAACAAUUCUUUUAUCUUGAUGUAACAUCUUCGUUUAAUCCAAAAGAAUUAUUAUGGAUUGACAUGGCUCGUUAUAAUACCAUUCCAUCUCAUGAUAGUGCCACAUCUGUUAAAGGCGGUAUAAACAAUAAUACUUUGAUUUUAUUUGGAGGAAUUCCUUACAAUAAUAAGCAAUCAAUGAAUUUGGUUUAUGGAUAUGAUACACAAAUUAAAUUAUGGCUCUUUCCAAAAAUUACUGGAAAAGGUAUAAUCGGCACAAAUAGAUUAACAGGCAUUUUCAAUUAUGGAAAGAUAUAUUUAUUCAGCGGAAAGGCAAGUGAUAAAAUUGUUAAUGAUAUGCCUAUUUUUGAUACAAUGAGUUUGGACUGGGAAAAAGCAAGUUUAAUUAAUGCACCGACUUCAAGAUUUGAUUAUGGUGCAACUCUUUUACCGGAUCAACGCAUUAUUUAUUUAGGUGGAUAUAAUAACGGUCCUUUACCGUUAAAUGAGGUUUAUUUAUAUGAUACAAUUAAUAAUGCUUGGGCUACAAUGACAACUUUUGGAGCAAUUCCUUCUGAUAGAUAUGGCUUUUCUGUCGUACUUGGAUUGGAUGGACGAAGAAUAAUAAUUUAUGGAGGAUAUCAACUUGGGCCACUUGUUCCGCAAGAUCCCCUUUAUGUUUUAGAUUUAAUAAAUUUUAAACGGUACGUUCCAAAAAUUUCCGGAAGUGUUCCAAUUUCCAGAGUUUUCCAUCAAGCAAAUUUGAUAGGAAAUUAUAUGGCUAUAUCAUUUGGAAAGGGUUACUAUGGUGACAAUGAUCUUUUAUUACUUGAUAUUACAGUUGUAGGUGGGUUGCUGUUUUCAUUAUUGGGAGGAUUUUUUGUAUAUAAAUGGAAUAAAAAGAAAAAAGAAGAUAUAAAAGUGAUACCAACACCUGGAGAUGAAGAAAGUAAUAUUAGAGAUCAAGGACAUGAAAUAGUCUCAACAACUCAAAAAAUGCAUAAUCAUGGACAAGAAAAAAUUUCGCAAAUACCUGAAAAUAAAAAUGAAAAUUUAACAAAUAAAAAGACUUAUAAUUAUGGAAGAGAAGCGAUUUCAAGUACUGAUAAUCGACAGAAUAUUGAUCUGGAGAAUUUUAAAAACGAAAUACUUCAAGUGGUUAGACAAGAAAUCUUGCAAAAUUUGAAACAAGACGUAAAAGAAAAAAGUGAACAAGCUUCUAAUGAAAUGUCCUGGAAAAUUUUAAGUCCGAAAUGCUUCAAGCGGUUAAAGAAGAGAUACAAACUUUAA